UUCGUACUUCGUUGAUUGAGCUAAGAAUAGCAACAAAAAGUGUGUGAAAACAAAAACAAAUGCGAGUGGUUUUUAUUUUUUUCAAAAAAGAUACGAACAUGUUUUUCGGGUAAAAAUAAAACAAAAAAUCUUGUUUAAUUCAGACAAAAACUCAAAAGUCUGCAAACAAGGAAAACAACAACAACAAACAAGAAUAACGACAAAACCAAUUAUCAGGUACUUGUCCGAAUUAAAAAGUUUCAAGUUUUAAAAAGCAUUUCUUUGAAAUGCCUAUUGGAAGUAUAAAAACUCCAGCGGCAAAAAGUGACAAGACUGCACCAUCAUCGUCCUCUGCUGGCCCAGGUGGUGGUGGCAGAACAACAUUUCGCCCACCAUGGGUUAAGGCAGAUGUUCCUGAAGUCAAACCAAAAACAACGAUAAAAACAACAGCUCCAUGGGUCAAGAAAACCACAACAACAGCCGAAAGUUCCAACGAUGCAGCCAAGAAGAAUGGAGAAACACCAUCGCCGGGUAAAAUUGCUGCUGCAUCACCCGCUAGUAGUAGUAGUAGCAAACCAGUAGCAAGUAAAAUAACCCCAUCAGUGGCAGUAGCAGCAAAACCAUUAACUGAUGUUGCACCACCUCGUAGGGAGGCUAAAUUGCAAUCGCGCGAGAUUAAAGUGCCCAUCAUCACUGAAAAACGGAAGCCAGUUCAAGAGCCGUUGGUAAAACCGAAACCAAAAAAACCACCAACUCCGUCGGAGAGUGAAGAGGAGGAAGAUUCUGAUGAUGAUGAUGAAACGGAAACUGAUUCGGAUUCAGAUUCGGAAGAAGAUUCUACACCACCCAAGGAAGCCGAAACCGAAUUGCAACGUAAAUUUCAAGCUGAAAAACCUAAAAUGCGUCCUAUUGUUGUGAAGCGUGACAAAUCCAUGAGCAAUACGCAGAAAAAACGCGAUGAAGAUGAUGAUGAUGAAGCAGUUGAAGGCGAAACGGAUGAGGACCGCGAACGUAGGAGACGUUUUAAGUUGGAGCGUCCAAAGUUGCGGCAUGUUGUUGUGAAUAAACAAAAAUCAUUCAACAAAAGUGUAGAUGAUUUUGAUAAAAUUCGACCGGUAUUGAAGAAAGUUCAAAAGGUCGAUGAAGUGAUUAAGGAGACACCGUCGGAAGCAAAGCCUGAAUUUAAGGAUAAGGUUUUGAAAAAAACUACACCAAUUAAAAAGGAUCCUAGUAAAGCGAAUGUUCCUGCACCACCACCUUUGCCGUCACUUGUUCCAAAGCCACCACCACCACCUCCACCACCAUUGGGUCCACCAGUGGACUUUGAAAAGAGAGCUCUCAACGAGAAACAGAAGGCAACAAUCGAAAAACUUAAGACACGACCAAGGAGACGACCAGAUUGGUCGGAAAUGAUGAAAGAAGUUGAAGAAGGUAAAAAACUACGACACGUGCAGUGCAAUGAUAGAUCUCAACCAAUUAUCACGUGUAAAUCAAUGACAAAAGUAGAUGAUAAAUUUGUUUAUGAAACAGAAAAGGACAAUGCACACAACAAACUAUUGAAACAAAUUCAAGGUGGCAUUCGAUUAAAAUCAGUUAAAACCAAUGAUAGAAGUAAACCAUUCCUCGAUGGUCUACGGAAAUUCCGUCGUCAAAUGACCAUUGAAGAACAAAUACAAAAAUCUGAAUCAAAAGCAAAUCUACACGAAGUUCCUCAAGAACCUGAUGAACCAAGUGGUGAUGAAUUAGAUGACAUUGAUAAAUUGCGCGACGAUCUUCAGAGUACAAAACAAAUGCUCGCGCUUGAAUUGAGAAAUCGUGAAGCACAAGAACGUGAGAACAAGAGGCUUUUAGCGAAAAUCGCCAAUUUGGAAGCUGAAUUGCAGCGAGACAAAACUCGAGGAGGUGAUAAGGAUGAAUCUUCAUCAGCGGCAGCAGCAUCAUCAUCAUCAUCAGGUGCGGAUGAUGUUCUUGUACAGUCAUUGAAAAAAGACGCAGAAGAAGCAAGAAAAACAUCAAAGGAACUCGAAAAGAAAUACGAAAAGAGUGCCGAAGAAUUGGAUGCAGCCAAAAAUGAAGUCGAAGAGCAAAAGAGAAUGAUCCAACAGUUAGAAAAGAAACUGUCACAAGCGUUACAACAAUCGCCUAGUUCAAACGCUAUAAGGCCCCAAUUCAGCUUUUGCUAUUCUUUUGAAGAUCCCAGCGAUUCGGAUAUUUAUUAUAAUUUGCAUUCAACUUCUGAAUCUGAAAUUCAACAAGAAGAACCACCACCGCAAAUAAACAAUAUUAAGCACAUUUCAAAUCAUAUUACAAACUGUAUGAAUUCAUUGAAGGGUGGUGGCAGUUCUAUGAAUGGUUCACGUCGCCCCAGCGAAGCCAAUCCAAAUAAAGAAAGCUCACCAGAAUUGGAAUUGGAGCUGUCGGAAAGCGAAGAAGACGAAGAUGAGGAGAAGAAGGCAGAGCGUAAAAAGCGACGAUUAGCUAAAGAAGUGAAAAUACUUCAAACAAAACUUACAAAACUCAAGGACAAACAAGAAGCUGCAAAGAGAGAACGAGCAAACCUUAAGCAAAUUAUGAAGAAAAAUCAUGUUCUAUUGAAGGAAGAGAAUAAGAAAUUCAAGAAAUUGGAAAAAGAAGUACACAAGAUGGCAGCCUCCAUGAAGGAAGAAGUCGAUGACGACGACGAGGAGAAGGAUGACGAAGAAGAGGAAGAAGAAGAAGCAGAGGAGGAAGAAGAGUCUGAGGAAGAAUCUGAAGAAGAUUCUGAAUCGGAAGAAUCAGAAGAAGAAAGUGGAUCUGAAACAGAAAGCGAAUCAGAAGCUGAAGAUGCAACAGAUGAGGACAAGAAGACCAAUCUCGAACCUAGAGUUAAAAAACACGAAAAUCGGUUAUCAGCUUUAAAGAAAGGCAAUGUCUUGUUGCAAGCCAAUGUUGAUAAUCUUCAAGAUGAGAUUUCUAAAGUGCGUGAAAAAGCUAGCAGCUUACAAGCUGAAUUGGAUUCAGUUCUUGCUGAUUUAGGAUUAUAAAUUAAAAUGCAAAAAGAACUAAGGGAUUGUUAUUCAAAGUUAUACAACAGACAUCAAAUAAAACAAAUUAAUUGCAUUGAAAUAGGAGCAAAUUGAAUUUGAGAAUCUUUUUGUAGAGAUUGUUCUUUUUUCGUAUAAAAUGCUUAUUCAAUGUUAUUUUUUAUAAAAAUAUACUUAACUUAACAAGAAUAUCAUGUUUGUGAUGAAGGAAUACAGUUAUAAUAA